AUGGGAUCAUCUUGCAAAUCAAUAAAAAAUGUAAAAGAAUCCAACGAUUUCGAUACUCCAGAAUAAGAAGGAGCCAUUCGCACAGUUGGGGAUGAGCCUAUUCCCAAGAAACCCUAUUGUUGUCUUUCAAAUGAAUUAACUGAAUAAUCUGAUAAUUUUGGCGAAUUAGAAGUCGACAAACACACUGGAAUGCCUGAAAAUCAAAUUUUCCUUAAUUCUGUGGUCUACUCAAGGGAAAUUGCCCGUUCGGAGUAAUUCUAACAGAAUAGAAAGCAUCGUCCAAAAAAGAGAUUAAAUAAAGUUAGUCAAAAUACUGAAACACAUUACGAAAAACAAAUAUACAAACAAUUAAGGAUGAAUAUUUUAUCGCCGGAUGGCAUCAUUAGAAAAGUACAUUGA